GACCGGGACGGUCCUACAUACAUUGGUUGCACGUGCACGGCCGUUCCCUUUACUACGGUUUCAACAACCCGGAGGCCGUGGCUGUGUGUUUGGUUGCAGUCGCGUCGAUGGACGAUGGAGAUGCGCUGAAGUCGCUUGUAUGUCCAGCUACGUUCCAACCACUCGUGUUCAGUUCCGAUCUAUCCGUCCGUGGGGCGUGUGUGUGUACGCGCGCGCGUUGUUCUAGACCGUUGCAUGUUAGAUACCGACAACUAAUUGCGAGAGUUUUCUAAAGGGUCCAAGGUCUCUGCGGUACGGUUUGCUAGUGACACAUCCGAACCGGGUCCAGUCGUGCAUGAUUCACCCGGAAAUCUUGAAAGGCAAACUCGCAAAUUUGAUGUUUGCAAGAAACCCGUUCCAGCGCAAACCAUCGGCGACAUCAUUGUCCCAACGCAAUAUCUCUACAUUUUAGCAAACGAGUUUAGCAAAGGAAACUCUCGUGGCCAGGCCGGGUUGGGUUUGGUAGAUUUCCCGGAACCCCUUCCCGCAGGCAAGGCCACCCCCGGCGCCAACUACAACGAAGCUCGAGUAUUUGUUCGGCUUCACGGUGCUGAUUCACCGACCAUAGUGUACUGGAACUGACGUGGCAUCACGUUGGAUGUCGAUACCGAGAGUUCUGUUCUGCUUGUUGUGCCACAGUCUACCGCAGGUCUACACGAUCCUUUGGUACGUCCGCUCUGGACCAUCCACAGCUGGUUCGAACCGUUGAAAGGAUAACACAACCACCACCACCGCCACCACACCAUCAUCACCGUCAAGCUGGGUAACUGUAUCGAGAGUGUUGCCGUGAUCCAAUCCAAAUUUGUCAAGCGCGGCCCAAUGAUGCCAGUGCUGUAUUAUCUGCCGCCAUCGCCACCGUGCCGAUCGGUGCUGCUGCUGGCCAAGAUGAUCGGCGUCGAGCUGGAGCUGAAAGCGCUGAACGUGAUGGAGGGCGAGCAACUGAAACCGGACUUUGUCGAGCUCAACCCACAGCACUGCAUACCGACACUGGACGAUCACGGGCUGGUGCUGUGGGAGAGCCGAGUGAUUCUUGCGUAUCUGGUAUCAGCUUACGGGAAGGAUGAAAACCUCUAUCCGAAAGAUUUUCGCUCCCGCGCCAUAGUCGAUCAGCGGCUGCAUUUCGAUCUUGGUACGCUUUACCAGCGUGUCGUCGAUUACUAUUUUCCAACCAUCCAGCUCGGCGCUCACCUAGACCAAACGAAGAAGGCAAAGCUGGCCGAAGCGCUCGGUUGGUUCGAGGCAAUGCUGAAACAGUACCAAUGGUCGGCGGCCAACCACUUCACGAUAGCGGACAUUGCGCUGUGCGUCACGGUCUCACAAAUCGAAGCAUUCCAGUUCGACCUCCACCCGUACCCGCGGGUACGUGCCUGGUUGCAAAAGUGCAAAGAUGAGCUACAAGGACACGGCUACAAAGAGAUCAACGAAACUGGAGCAGAAACGUUAGCGGGAUUGUUCCGGUCAAAGUUGAAGCAGUAGUAAGGUUGGGUCUAUGUGAAGUCGGGUCGGGUGAAGUCGGUAAUGGUUAGAAAUAGCACUGUUAGCUACAUUUUUCUAAAGCAUAAGGAUGUACUUGCUCCCAUUUGUCGUUGUACGCUAGUGUAUAGGCAGUUUGUUAUUCGAAGCCUUUUUUAAAUCUCUUAAAUAAACCAUAUCAGACAAAGGA